AUGGCCGUGCUGCCAUUGGCCGAGAUGAUCAGCCGGGCGGCGUUCGGUCGCGGCUUGCCGGGCUCGGGUCCUUUCGUCCAGCAUCUGACCCUGUGGGUUGGCUUCUUAGGGGCAGCGCUGGCCGCUGGCGAGGGCCGUUUGCUGGAGCUGGCGACCGGUACCUUCCUGCCUGCCGGACGACCGCGGGAGAUCGCCAAAGCGUUCUCCGGCGCGGUCGGUGCCGGAGUCUCGGCGAUGCUUUGCCGGGCCUCGCUCGACCUGGUGCUGAUCGAGCGCCAGGCCGGGACCGAGGUGGCUGGUCUGCCGACCUGGAUUGCCCAGGCAGUGUUACCGAUUUCAUUCGCCGCCAUUGCCUUGCGGCUGGCCUGGCGGGCGGGCGAAGGCUGGCCAGCGCGCGCGGUGGCGGCGGUGGGUCUGGCGGUUGGCAUUUGGUUUGGGCAGAUGCCGUACUUGCUCGAGUUCCGCCCGGCUUGGCCGGCGCUGGUGGUGAUCGUUGGCGCCACCCUGCUCGGUGGACCGAUUUUCGUUGCCCUCGGCGGCGCGGCGAUCUUUCUUUUCCUGUCCGACGGGGUGCCGAUCGCCGCGGUGCCAGCAGAGACCUACCGGCUGGCAGUUUCGCCCACCCUGGCGGCGAUUCCGCUGUUUACCUUGACCGGCUUCCUGCUCGCCGAGGGCAAAGCCUCGGAACGCCUGGUGGGGGUCUUUCGCGCUUUGGUGGGCUGGAUCCCGGGCGGCACCGCGGUAGUGGCGGCGGUGGUCUGUGCGUUCUUCACUGUCUUUACCGGCGGCUCCGGGGUUACCAUCCUGGCGCUCGGCGGGCUGCUCUUCCAGGCCCUGCAGGCGGACGGCUACCGCGAGCGUUUCUCGCUCGGUAUGUUGACCGCCAGCGGCUCCUUGGGGUUGCUGCUGCCGCCGGCCCUGCCGCUAAUUCUCUAUGGCAUCGUCGCCCAGGUGCCGAUCAAGGACUUGUUCAUCGGCGGCAUGGUGCCGGGGCUCUUGCUGGUCGCCUUGGUGGCCGGAUGGGGCGUUCGCGAAGGCUUGCGCUCCAAGGCCGGACGGACACCGUUCAGCGGCCGUGAAGCGCUGGCGGCUGUCUGGCUGGGCAAGUGGGAGCUACUGCUGCCGAUCUUUCUGCUGGUGGCGAUCUUCAGCGGUCUGGCUACCUUGGUCGAGGCGGCCGCGCUGUCGGCGCUCUAUGCCUUCGCCGUGCAGACCUUCAUUCACCGCGACCUGCACCUGACCCGCGAUCUACCCGGCGUGCUGCGGCGGUGUGUGGUUUUGGUCGGUGGUGUGUUGAUCAUCCUCGGGGUGGCGAUGGGCUUGACCAGCUACCUGGUGGAUGCGGACGUGCCCACCGUGGUGCUCGACUUGAUGCAGAGCCACGUGUCGUCGCCGCUGGUCUUUUUGCUGAUCCUCAACGUCUUUUUGCUGCUGGUGGGUUGCUUGAUGGACAUCUUCUCGGCGACGGUGGUGGUGGUACCGCUAAUCGUGCCGCUGGGAGCGGCCUUUGGCAUCGAUCCGAUCCAUCUGGGGAUCAUCUUUGUCGCCAAUCUCGAGCUCGGCUACCUGACCCCGCCGGUGGGGCUCAAUUUGUUUCUGGCCUCUUACCGCUUCGAGCGGCCGCUGCUGACGAUCUACCGGGCGGCGGUGCCGAUGCUGGUGAUCCUCGGAUUGGGCGUGCUGCUGAUCACCUAUGUUCCUUGGUUGACCACCGGCAUCUUCACCCUGCUUGGCCGCUGA